UUCAUCAUUCUGUCAUUGGUAAUGGAACAUGUAUAGGUACUUUUAGGCCUAUUUGCUUUUUAGUUGAUUCGCCAAAUAGCGCGCUACGCCAAAAUAAUUUUUGCAACAACAACGAUUCACUUAGGUACAUAUUAUUUUGAUCAUUUUAUUAAUUCAUUAUCUAUCCAAUAUCCAACUCGAUUCGUGCAUUCGUAUCCUUUCCGGUUAGUUCGAAUGAUUUAAAUCAACUUAUUUCGUGUAUAGUUAUACUUAAUUCGAAUAAACAUUAAAAGAAAGAAAUUUCGCGCCGCGUUAGUGAUAAUAUUCAGACUUCAAUUCAUCUUGUGUCUUGGCGUUGUUUUAAGGUGAAGAUAUUACCCAAGGAUUGGAUUUCCCAUCACCUUCCUUCAGCCAAAUCCACCCGUAGACAACACAUUUGAUUCAUCACCAAUUCCGACAGCGAUCUGAGCGCAAUUUACUACGAUCUUAAAAAAUCUACAAUUUUUGGAAACAUGGAUCUAACACUAGCACAGAUCGAACAGCUUCGGAGGGACUCCGAAGAGCUCAAAAGACUGAAAAAACAACAGAAAGAAGCCGCCGAUGAAGCUAAAUUCGAUCGCAGUUCUUCCAGUUUCAGCCAAGUUACAGCUCAUAAGUCUGGUCCCAGUUCUUCGAACGUUGUUACACUGAGCGUAAGCACAAGGCUGGAUCGAGAUAUCGCCGAGCAACAACAGAAAGAAGCCGGGUACAUAGCUAAAUCUGAUCACAGUUCUUCCAGUUUCAGCCAAGCUAUAGCUAAGUCUAAUCCGAAUUCUUCCAAUAUUAUUAUUCCAAGCACGUUCUACGAAAUAUGUCGAAUUUUGGGCGAAACAAUAGGAGCACAAAUCGCGAAAGCUAUCACGAACGCAUUCAGAGAACAGGAUCGUAGGAGUAGAUCAGAUAAUGAAUCAAAAGUUAAAAUCUACGUUUACGAACCAAUGCUCGAGUUCCAGCAUCGAAGUUUCUCUUUAAAUAAACGUAUUUCGGAUGCGAGCGAAGCUAAGCUUACGUUCAACAUUCCAAACUCGCGAUCUCUGAUUAUCAUCAAAGAACCUAAAUUUAGAAAAAGGAACGUCGAGCCUGAAGAUUUGUAUAGACUCACGCCCGAUAUGUUCGUUUUCGCCAAGAUCAAACCUUGGAUUGGCAGUUCAGAUUACCGUAUGCCCGAAGAGUUCUUGAAAGAGUUUGUAUUCAAAAUAAAACCCUGGUGUGAAAAUAACUGGAUGUUGAAUCAAGCGUUUGUCGACUUAUUGCAUGGCGAAGAUUUCGAGACAGAGAGUUUCAAGCAACAUGUAAAUUGCAACGAAUCGUUUCGAUUGACUGCGGUUGCAUUUAUUACUAAAUUUAGCAAGUCAAUUGUCUACAGUAGUGAUUUACACAUAUUCGCGAACGAGUCUUUGGGACAAGAGCAAAGGGCUUCCGACUUUGUGGCGUUCUGGCUACGCCGGUUACAAUAUAAUCCAAACGCUGAUCCGAACUGGGUGAUGACGAAAAUGGCCGCAAAGUUGCCAGAAUUUCGAUCUGUCUUUAAAAAUCUGAAAGAUAAUGCUACAGUUGACGACAUAAUAGAAGAAGUUCGCGAAUUUGAAAGGGACGAGGAAUCGGAACAAGGAUAUACAGUAAGCUUUUCAUCAUGUUAUGAACAGAUGCGUGAACAAUACCUACCUAUGAAUGAAACAGGUGAUGGUAAAAAAACGCGAGUUCAUUAGACACAUUAUGUAUCUAUUUAUGUUAAUAUCGUUUCGAAAUACUCAUUAUUGUUUUUGAUGAAGUUUGUGUUUAGUUUUUGAAGAUUACCUAUGUCAUAUCUUUGUGUUUAUAUUUGAGACUGAUGACUACCUAUCGUAUGUUCCCUUUUCACCUCUUCAUCCCUGACGAAUCCUCUGAAACAAAAAUUCAUCCCCCCAAUAAGAAAUACCAAACCUCUCAAACCAAAGCUACCCCCCCCCCCACAACUUUACGGGUGUAAUAAUCUUGUAAUUAUUAACACAAAAAAAAGGAUGAUAGUUUUUUUUCUAUUUUUUCACUCGUGUUUUUGUUCUUUGUAUUUUUUCAUUGAUUUUUUCGCUUUUGUUUUACAUAUGUAGAUGUUUAUAUUUUUCAUUUUAAAAAAAUUGUUAGAAUUAAAAUUUUGGAAUCAAAAUUUCUUUCAGGCGAGAGGUGAAAUUUUGAAGGCGUUUCUUUUUUCAUUUUUUUGUUUCCUUUAUACCUACGUUACACCCUGUAGUUUGUUUGCUUAGCCCUUUUUUUGUUAAAUUUUUGUACUUGACUUGGCAAUGAAUUAUUAUUAGAUUAUUGUUUCACAUCAUUUCUAUGUAAUUAAAAAAUGACUUGCGGAAAUCAA